AUGACCUACCGGCCACACAAGCACAUCCCCGACAAGAACCGAGUCAUUGCAGGCUACGUAUCCGCCCUUAACAAUCCUUCUACCACAAGCGAAGGCAGAGCUCAUGCCCGCAAACAGCUGCUCAAGAAAGGGCACAUCAGAAAAGCUUUCUUUUCAACCAGCUUUGACACUCGCAUCCGCAGAAUGCUGGGUCUCAGGGCCAAGCGCAGGCAUUGA